CACCAGCCUGGUAGAAAAAACAGAGAUUUAUUAUAUAAGUUAUAAAACAUAUAUUUUCCUUUUUCUUUUAUCGCUUUGAGCAAUAUGACAUUUUUUAACGGGGAUAGCAUCUUCUAGACUCCCCUAGGUGCGCCGUGGUGGAUUCUACCGUUUUCCCGCAAUAAGGUGGAUUUUUAACUAGCUUUUGAAUUUCACGUGAACUGUCAAUGAUAUAAGCUGGACAGCUCGUUUGGGAAAGCAUACACAGAAAAGAAAAUAGUGACAGAGAGUAUUUCUGAUUUCUACAAGUCGCUUCGUUUGGAUUAUUACAAAGUCAACGGCAUACAUGUACAACUACGGAAACCGAGGCAGAGGAAUCGAUCGGACCUUCCCAGAUAACAGCCCUGGAUCAGGCUCGAGCUCUGCGUCUCUCACUGCCACAACUCAACAACAACAACAACAACAACAACAACAGCAACAACAACAACAACAGCAGAAGUAUUCUGUGGCGGGAUCCAGUCAGUUUGUGCCUAGUCUCAAUGCUAUAACUUCAAGCCAGGAUCUUCAAUGGAUGCUUCAGCCCUCCCUUUUGGGCUCCGCAGGCCCAUCCAGGCCACUCCGACCAUCUUACCCACUGCCACCAAGAGUGUCAGCAAUGAUUCCUUCUCACCCUGGUCAACCACAUCAAUCCCGACCAGGUGUUAUCAGAGCAGCUUUAGGUGCCGGAACCUCGACACGAAGCAGAAAUGAUGAGCUUCUGUCCGCUGAGGAGCUUGAGAGGCGAAGAAUUAGAAGGGAACGAAACAAAAUGGCUGCGGCAAAAUGCAGGAAUCGUCGCCGUGAACUGACUGAGACCUUGCAAAAUGAAACUGAGCAGCUAGAGGAUAAAAAAUCACGUCUGCAGAAGGAGAUCGCUGAGCUCCAGAAGCAAAAAGAGAAGCUUGAGUUGGUGCUUGAGGCUCAUAGACCCAUCUGCAAAGUCCAAGACUCUGCCUCUGAUUCUGACUCCGACACUGACCUCCCUGUCCUGAGUACCAUCAAGAUAGAGCCUGUUGACCCAGAUCUUCCUGGACCCUCUGGAGAAUCAAAGAUUCACACCAAGCCUAAUAAACCCAAACCCAAAAUAUUCAUCCCACCUCCAGCUUUUGCCUCCUCUGUUGCCAGUGUACCCCUGGAAUCUGAGUCCCUUCACACCCCUAUCCUUCUCUCCACUCCUUCUCUGACCCCUUUUUCUACUAGCCUGGUCUUCAGCUAUCCUUCUUCAUCAUUGGAUGCCAGCUCUGCUGCUUCAUCUCAAACUCUCGGUCUGCCCUCCUCUCAACAUGGCUCCAUCCAGUCUUCUCGAAACCCUCAGCCGUGUAGCAUUGCUCAUCGUCGCAGCAGCAGCAGUGGGGAUCAGUCAGAUCAUUCUCUUAAUUCACCAACCAUCCUCACCCUUUGAUAACUCAUCUACUGUGCAUCCAGGGUGAUUAGAAUGCCACAAUUGUCCUUAGUACUACAUAAAAGCAUAACAAGUACAACAGUGUUGCAUGUGUUAUGCUUUUACCUGUGUAUUCUGUAAUAUUUAUCAAGCAACGUCAAUGCAUUAUAAGAAAACAGAAGCUCUAACAAGUUAAACUGUGUGCAUGUAAGAAUGUCUAUUGCAAAGUAGAAGGUAAUAGACUUUAUUCACAGCAGCGCCAUCUUUGAUUUUUAAUGGGAAUGACAAUGAGGCUGUGAGGGAUAGACUUACAGUCUCUCUAAUAGGUUGUACAUUUGUUGAAAGGGUUUUUUUAUUUUUCCGUCAAUUAAUCUUUACAAAAUAUAUUUACAAUAAAUUGCAUUAGUCAUACAAACUCCAGAUAAAAGUUGUGGAAAAUUAAAUGUGAUCUAGGAGCUUUUUCAUAGCAUUAUAGAGCGGAUGCCAAUGAAGAGUCUAUCCCUCACAGCCUCGUUUUAAUUUCUGUCAAAUGAUUAGAGCACCGUCUGAUAUAGUAACACUAAAACAAUGCACAAACUUUAAAGAUGCACUCAGUAAUUAUUUCCCCAAAAGCUUCACACAUUAAGUGUGUAUAGUACUUUUGAAAAAUGAGGUACACUCACAUCUGAUGAUGACUUCAGUGCUAUCAGUGUGGUGGGAUUUACUGUACAUGCCCGGCAGAAUACCACUCCAUUUCGGUUACCCCCUAUUAUUGGACACUUUGGACAUUAAUCAUGGGUGACAGAAACACCUGUGAAUAAGACAUUUUUAUAAUGGCAAUGCUUUUGUGUAAUACUACUACAUCCAUGCCAACGGGUCUGUGUCCAGUGAAACAUAAACAUAUACUGAUUGCAUCUUUAAGCCCAUAACAGUUUACUGUAGUAGAAAUUUGUAUUAUUGACUUAUUCAUUUACUUCACUUACAUAUUUAUUAACAAAUACUUAGAUUGGUGGUGGUACUGUAGCAAUUAAAUAAGGUUGGUUUGGGAGCUGGACAGCACAAUUCAGAUCUAUUAUGCCAUAAUGCCCCUCAGGAAAGUAUGUGACCUUACUUCAGGGGGACCUAUUAAAAAAGAAAUGGAAAAAAUAUUUAUUUUUAUUGUUAGCAAUUAUAGAAAUGGUAGAGUCUAAAUUAGAGUAUUACCUAGUUUUAAUGGGUUAUACCAUCGUACAAUGCAUAUGGUUGUGAAUGCACACAAUAUAAUUUUUUUGUGUUUUGCUACUGUUAUUUUUUUUGUAGUAGUUUUAAGUGAUACAAAGUUGUAAUGAGUGCAUUCUGAAUAAGCUAGUUCAAAGGGAUGGGCCUAUACCUGCAACAACACAAUAGAACACUGGGCAUGUGAACUUUAAUAGCACUUUCACCAUUACACUGGUCGCUAAGUAAUGUUUUAAAAGAUACUUCGUUGAACACUUCAGUGGUUAUUUACUCCACACAUUUUUCUAUAAAGUACAAAGUUGUAUGAUGUUCACAGGCCUGUAGUAAUUUAUUAAGAUCUUCACUUUAUGUUGAACUGAGCACACUAUAUGUUAGUCUCUAAUAUAGCUUGACCACACAAAUAUAGAUUUGUAUUUACAUUUUAAAACCUCUAUUUUUUCUAUUUUUUACUGAUAUAUGUUAGUUCCUUUAAUAAGGAGAAACGUUGCAUGAUAUUUACCAUCUAAUUAAAAAUGACUGAUAUAAAAGCAGGAAUAAAUAGCGAAAGAAAAUAAUUCAAUAACUUUCGAGCUGUUUUAGAAACUACUUGUCUGCCUUAAUGCUAUGUUUUUCAUUGAUGUUUUUUUUUUUUGUCUAAAAAAGUUGCAAGGAGUUGUAUUAUGGUGCAGUUGAAGUUGAUGUGUUGCCUCUUCAAGGACCUGUAUUUGUAUUCCUUUAUUUCAGGAGGCACACAGUUAAUGUUAAUACUGAAUCAGACCUUUAGUAAGUUACAUAUUAUGUUAGUAAGUUACAUAUUAUGUUAGUCCCUCUCAACACAGUAUUAUCAGGAGGGAGGAAAGGAGGGGUGUGCACACCGUUUCCUCCUAGGAUGUCCUGAUGACAAAAGGAGUUAAAUAACUCACAAACACAUUUGCUGCCGAACUGAAACUAGAUGUUACUUAAGCCUUUAAGAAUUUCCUUAACAGUGUUAAUCAUUAGUGGAUGAAUAGAAGAUGGACUACAGAACAAGAAAUAAAGAAUUUCUACUCAGGAAAAACAAGAGUCAUCAGUU